UACGACAACAAACCGGAAACACAUGUCUGCCAUUCAUGCAACCAUGGACUGAGGUGUCAUCACCCACUCUAAAACCUCAUACACCGGCUGUCUUUUCGCUGAAUUGAUACAAAAAUAUUGAAAUAGAAAAUGGCAACAAGUGCUCUUUUGGUGGGACUAGGUAUGGCAGCUGUCGGACUGGCUGGCCGUGCCUACUUGAAGUUUGGAAAAAAUGCCCAAAAUCAUCUGAAGAAAACACUUGAUUCAAUUCCAAAUGGGUCAUUUAGUAAAUACUACAAGGGAGGAUUUGAUCAGAAAAUUAACAAACGAGAAGCUGGCCUCAUCCUGGGUAUCAGCCCCAACGCCAGCAAGUCCAAGGUGAAAGAGGCUCACAAGAGGAUCAUGCUUCUAAACCACCCCGACCGAGGUGGAUCCCCUUAUUUAGCAGCCAAAAUAAAUGAAGCCAAGGAUUUCAUAGAUGCAGGUUCAAAGAAAUGAGGCAUUUUGAAUUAAACAGUGUUUCGUUGAGUGGACAUAAAAUUGGAGUUGUUCUUCCAUCAUCGAUAUGCAAAACAAGGUUAAUUUCAAAUCAGUCGCCAUAUAUCUGAUUUAUCAAUCACCAAGGAAAUGCUAUCAUAUCUUCGGGAAAGGACUGUUUACAGCAUAAGCUGGAUUUCAUCUGUCCAGAACCAAGACAUCCAUUGCCAUCUUGUUCAGCAACACUUGUCACUGUAGAGAAGGUGAUGAUUGGUUGGUUUUUCUGUGCAUCAAACGAUUAACACUGAUUUUCAGACACCUGGAAGUUGGCGGUGACAACUCGACACCUGUUGAUCCAGAGGUCAUGUGUUUUGUGUGUAGGGGGGUAGGUGAUGAUUGUGUUUGCAGGUGUGUGUGGGAUCAAAGAAACGUCAAAUAUGUAUAGUGUACAAGGAAAUACAAAAUAUUCUACAGAGCACCCUGAACCAGGCUCUGCAAUAGCACCAGACAGACAUUUCCUAUCAAACCUGAGGAAGUACAUCAAAUUAUAUUCUGCACCUUUCUUAAGUCCAUGAAGAAACAUUUGAUUAGUUCAUGGUGCUUAACAGUUCUCUGCAGAUAUAGGCAGUCUCGCAACUAGAUGCAAAGCCCAACUGUACUAAAAAGGAACUGUUCUUGAACAUUAUUUGAAUUUUAAAAUCUAUUUUCAUGACGCUUGAUGGUCUAGAUUGAAUAUUAAGUUUGUGAAAUAAAACUAUAUUAGUUAA